GGCAGCUCACCGCGUCCCUGUCAUCGCUGGAUGCGCACCAUGAUCGUUGGAAGACAGCAGGGCCCUUUCGUGCUGCCGGGAGCUGGAAUGGACAGCCUGGUGUUCAGGAGGCCCUUCUGUCAGCUGUCCACCUACAGCCUGAUUUGGGGGAUGGCAGCAGUGGUGCUGUGCACAGCACAAGUGGAAGUGGUGACCCAGGAUGAAAGAGAGCUGCUGAAUACACCUGCAUCCUUACGAUGUUCUCUACAAACUUCCCAGGAAGCCUUGAUUGUGACAUGGCAGAAAAAGAAAGCUGUAAGCCCAGAAAACAUGAUUACUUACAGCAAGAACCAUGGGGUUGUGGUCCAGCCUGCCUAUAAGGACAGGGUCAACAUCACUGAGCUGGGACUCCGGAACUCAGCCAUUACCUUCUGGAAUACAACAUUGGAGGAUGAGGGGUGUUACAUGUGUCUCUUCAAUAUGUUUGGUUCUGGGAAGAUCUCAGGAACAGCCUGCCUCACCCUCUAUGUACAGCCCAUAGUAUUCCUUUACUACAAUUUCUUUGAAGACCACCUAAAUAUCACUUGCUCUGCCACUGCCCGCCCAGCCCCUAUGAUCGCCUGGAAGGUCGCUGGGUCAGGGAUUGAGAAUAGCACUGAGAGUCUGUCGCAUCCCAAUGGGACCACAUCUGUUACCAGUAUCCUCCGGGUCAAAGACCCCAAGAGUCAGGUGGGAAAGGAAGUGAUCUGCCAGGUGUUGCACCUGGGGACUGUGACCAACUACAAGGAAACUCUGAGCAAAGGCUUUUGGUUUUCUGUUCCUCUGUUGUUAAGCAUUGUUUCACUCAUAAUUCUUCUGGUCUUAAUCUCAAUCCUAUUAUACUGGAAACGUCACCGGAAUCAGGACCGAGGUAAGUUAUCAUAGGAAGUGCAAAGUAUGAAACAACUUAGUUUUUAAUGUUAAUUUGGGGGUUAUUGAAGAUAUAAAUAGGGGGCUCUCAAUGGUGCUUUGCUUGGUGUUUGCAAAAUACAUAAAGGUUGGUGCUUUUUUAAAAUGCAUCAAGGUCAUUUUCUUGCAAUUGGACCUUUCUCUUUUUCAUUUGCUAAGAUAGUUUGAUGCUUACUUAUUUUAUAAGUUGACAGUAAGGGUUUAUGAAAACAAAUGAAAAAUGUUUAUUGGAUCACAGUGGCAUCACUUGUUGGCAAAACCAAAGAAAGAAGUCUGGCACCCAUACAGGGUCCUCUCUACCUGUUAAUAAGGACAAUCUUUUCUCUUUUUACAGCAUUCCACAAGCCAGCUGCCCAUUUAAGAGACUGUGAAAUUGUCCAAUAUGAUCACUCAUUAAAUAGCACUUCCUAUGUUAUACUCCCAUGAUGUCUCAAACACUAUCGGCAACAUACAGGUGAUCCACACUUAGUCAUUGUGUCAUGUCAUUCUGCCCUUCUGGCUGUAAAUUUUUCGUUAUCCCUACAUCUAUCACAGCAUCUUACAUAUAUCAGGAACUCAAUAAAUGUUAAUUUAUUGAACGAAUGAAUGAAUGAAGGUAGGAUGGAUAGAUUUCCAAAGUAAUUUUUCAAAAUCCUUUUCUCCUAUUGUAAAUUCACUACCUCAUAAAUGCCACAUUUAAGACAUUAGGAGGCCUUAUAAAAUAGGAGAUGCCAUAAAAUGAGAGAAGUAAGUCAGAGAAUUAAAUUUCUUUUGGUUUCUUUGGUUUCAAGUUACUGGACUGAGUACAGAGUUACAGUUUAUGUUAUAUGAAAUGGGAAUUUCCUAGGGUGAAGGGGUAAUAUGGGAGUUUCCUCUAUCUCAGAUGACUGAAGGUCAGGGGUCAAGGCAGAAAAAUUUUGGUUUUGAGUGUUAUUAUGUUGAUUGGAAAUCUCCCUCAAAUACUACCUUAUUUCCCUUUUCAUUUUAUGUUUCAUAUAGUAUAUUUUUCAUGUUCUAGGUUUUCGACCACUUUAUUUUAUAUAAGUUUUAUGCAAACACUGGAUUAAUUCUUGUGCAUUUACAAAAUAAACAGCAAAUCUGAAGUCACUGGCCCUUUUGCAAAAGUAAAUAAAGCAAUUUGUUGUCUGGGAGAAGAGAUUAUAGAUCAGAUAAUUUUAUUGCACAGAAACAUAAAGCCCUUAGAACACCUAAGUGUUCCACAGAAUAUCAAAGGCAGAGUCUCUUUGCUUUUAGCUUAUCCAAACAUUUCACUUUUUCAGUUAGGAAAUUGAAGUCCAGAGAAGGAAGUAACUUCCUUCCCUAAGAUCACAUAGCAACUUGUAGCAGGCUAGGACUCCUGACCUCUUCCAGAAUUGUUCUUCCCAAUGAUUACUAAUGCACUAGAGGCCUAUCUUGAAAGAAUCUAUUGUUGCCAAUUGCCUUCAUUUUAAUCUGUGCUUACUGUGCUAUUCUUUCAGAAAAUGCAAAUAGAAAGUACAAAGUAUUUAAAUUCAUUUAAAAAUGUCCCUUUUGGACAAGUCUUACAGUACAAUAUAUUCAAGCCUAAAGUAAAUUCCACUAGAGACUAUCCACAGGGAUAUUUGCAAAUCAACAGCCCUGUGUUCAUUAAGUAAGUAUUGAAUUUUCUGGGAAAUAUAAUCAUUCAAUGCCUUCUCUAAUUCUUGAAAAGAACCAGUUUAUCUCUGUGCCCAAGCUUUUUCUUAUUAUGAAAUUGACACCCCAACUUGUGUUGACUCCUGUAAACAAUAAGAUUACCAUUUGUCAAUGACAUAUUCCUGACAUAUAGCCAAUUCAGUCAAUUUUUCUGAAUG